AUGGAGCGCCUCGUAGAUGCCGAAACAUUGAAAAUUAGCAAGGCAGAAAAUGACGCAACUCUGCCGAAUUCGCUGAUGAUGUCGGAUCACAUCGACUUCAACCUUUGCGAUAUGUACUCGAAGAAGCGUGAAAGGUCUCGUGAUCAGAACAUUCCUAUCCAAUUGUGCAAAGGAAUGCGAAUUCCUUCGAAGAUGCCGAGAGAUUGGUUGGAAGUAAAAAUCGAGAGUUACAUGCCAGCUUCUCAGCGGAAGGAUUACCUUUGUUCAUACAUUAAUUAUUGCAACAAGCUGACGAUCAAGAAUGAGCCCAAACCAAAGGAGUCCAGUUCCAAUGACAAAACCGUACAAUACCAUUUGGAUGCAAUCAAGGCAAUAUAUGUCCAUCAGUGCGGUUACAAAGGCUUGGGUGUGAGUUCACUAAUCAGCGAUGAAAUCAGUUCGAUGGUUAAUCAGCGGCUGCAGAAGAUUUCUUCUGAGGUGAUUUCUUCGAACAAAUUAUCGAUAGACACUCUGAGGGAGUUGUGCGAACUCCAAGACUGGGAAGAAAACUACUGGACAAUCAUUUGGGAUAAUUUGGCAAGCUCAUUUCGAGAUGCUCCACCAGUUUCUCAAAUGAAGCUUGAGGACUUCAUUACAGAAGCAUUCAAUGAAGCUGCUCUUGUUUUUCAGCGUCCUGCUUAUAGCGAAAGAUUUUGGGAAGUCGUUGAGAAGGUGGAUCGUCGUUAA